AUGGCUUCAGCUACGGGCAUCCCCCAGGAACAUCCGGACACCAUCGAGGAGCGCGAGGACUCGCCGUUGCUCCCUACACCAGGCAAUACCCCCCAGAGGGAGACUGCUGGCAUCUACCAGAACCUCUUCACAGGUACCGCCAGCGCUGCUCAAAUCGGAAUAUGGAUGCUCGCCAUCCUUGUGUGGACCGGCAUCCUCUCCCACCCUGUGAUCUUUUUCUCUUCCCAUCCACUCCUCAACUCAGCUGCUCUUCUCCUCCAAGUCCAAGCAGCCCUCAUCGUCCAGCCCACCACGACGGCGCACCAAAAGCGUCUAGGAACCAUCGUCCACUACUCGAUCCAGAUCAUCAGCGUGAUCGCCUUCAUCUCCGCCUUCAUCAUCAUCGAGAUCAACAAGGGGGACCAUGCCCGGUUUACCUCGCCGCACGGCGUCCUCGGUCUCAUCACCUACAUCUUCAUCAUCCUGCAGGCGCUUGGUGGCGUCAUCCAGUAUUUUCUCCCGGUCCAGAUCCUGGGAAGCGUUGACCGCGGGAAGAGUCUGUACAAGUACCACCGGCAUUCUGGAUACACGCUGCUGCUCCUAGAAUUGGCUACGGUUGCAGCGGCGACGCAGACGACUUAUAACCUGAACGUUUUGUCCAUUCCUCUGUGGGGAGUGCUUUUGGCUUCUGUGUUGAUUGUACUGGGCCUUGGGGCGAGGAUUAAGAAGCACAACCGGCGUCAUUUCUCCUCCUCGGUCCGGCGAUCGAACACAAUCCGACCCCCGACAGCCCCGAAACGCACCCCCGACGUCAAACACAUCCGUCAAAACCCCGAGUUGUACUCCAAAAACUGCGUGGACCGCAACUACCCAUCCCACGCCGAAUACCCCCUCAAGAUCCAGCAGCUCCUCGAGGAGGUCCGCGGUCUCGAUCAAGACCUUAAACCCUCGCAACUCCGCAUCAAGCAGAUAGAGAAAGCCAUCGCCAAGCUCGCCAGCACCUCCAAUCAACCCACCCCCGAUGGCGCAGUCGAACACGACCUACCCUCCCUCCGCUCCGAAGCCACCCUCCUCAAAGAUGAAUCCAACGCCAUGAACACGCGCAAAACCGCCUGCACCGACGAGAUCCACCGUCUGGCCCUCUCCCUCCCCAACCUCUCCUCCCCGCACACCCCGAUCGGCACCGACCCGACCCUGGUCAACUACAUCAACUUCGACCCCAACUCCCCCCCAGCCUGGGUCCAAAACCCAGACCUAGCCCGCUCCCACGUCACAAUCGGCACCAACCUCGGCCUGCUCGACUUCAACAGCUCCGCCACGACAACAGGCUGGGGCUGGUACUUCCUCACGAACGAAGGCGCUCUGCUCGAGCAAGCCCUGAUCCAAUAUUCCCUCAGCGUCGCGCGUCGCCACGGCUGGAAACCCGUGUCCCCGCCAUCCCUCGUAUACUCCUACAUCGCAGAAGCGUGCGGCUUCCAGCCACGCGACCAGAACAACGAGCAACAGAUCUGGGCGAUCGAGCAGGCCGACAAAGACAAAUCCAAACCGCAACGCUCCCUCGCCGCCACGGCCGAGAUCCCCCUCGCGGCCAUGCAAGCCGGGCGGGACAUCCCCGCCUCCGAGCUCCCCCUCCGUCUCGUCGGUCCCAGUCGGUGCUACCGCGCCGAGGCUGGCUCCCGCGGCGUCGACACAAAGGGCCUGUACCGGGUGCACGAAUUCACCAAAGUCGAGAUGUUCGCCUGGGCCGACAACCUCGCGGAUCCCAAACCCGACGCCAUCACAUCCGACACCCUCUUUGACGAACUCCUCGCCAUCCAAACCGAGAUCCUCACCGCCCUAAACCUCCCCUGCCGUGUGCUCGAAAUGCCCUCCUCCGACCUCGGCGCCAGCGCCACCCGGAAACGCGAUAUCGAGGUCCUCUUCCCAUCGCGGCUGGGCGCUACCACCUCGGAUCUAGAAUCCGGCUGGGGCGAGGUGACCUCCGCAUCGAUCUGCACAGACUACCAGAGUCGCCGACUGGGCACCCGUGUGGUCGGGGGUCCGGCCCCGAAGUCCCGGUUCGCGCAUACGGUGAACGGCACCGCGAUGGCCGUGCCCCGUGUGCUGGCUGCGAUUCUGGAGAAUGGCUGGGAUGCGCAGCGCGGGGUGGUUGUCGUGCCCGAGGUGUUGAGGAACUAUAUGGGUGGGGUGGAUGUUAUUGGACGGGGGUGAUUCAUCCAUCCAUCAAUCCAUUCAUCCAUCCAUCCUCACUCAAUCAAUCAAUCAAUCAUCUGUCAUUGAGAUGGAUUUGACUGGAUGCGACUGGAUUGGAUUGGAUUGGAUUGAUGAUUGUAAGAUUAACUACUGACUACUGACCACCCAAGGAGGUGGUUGUAUCCUACCUACCUACCUACCUACCUGGGUAUUGUACAUUAUCACGACUCUACCGUUCUAUGUCAGCCACAUAACCAGACCGUGUGAAGUAGAAGUGUGUACAACCCGCCAAAACGAGUGAUUUGGGGCCGGCCAUAUACGAAGUACGAGUGCCAUAAUGCUUAAGGAUCAUGUGAUAUUGAUC